AAUGCCACUAUCAACAGCAUGUAAAGAUUUCCACUUUUCUUUAACCUUACUAUUGCUUGCUGGCUCUGCUGGUUUUCAGACAAGUACUAUUUGCAAACUACUAGGCCUAUUUGACUUACCAGGGUUAGAAAGUGACGGUGACAUUGUUAUUGGAGGCCUAUUUCCAGUUCAUUUUAAGGAAUCUGAAACUAAUCUCUCAUUUGAUAUUCGUCCUACUACAACGAAAUGUGAAAGCUUUGAUUUUAGAGCAUUCCGUUGGGUUCAAACGAUGAUCUUUGCCAUUGAGGAAAUAAACAAGAACCCUACACUGCUGCCAGGUGUAACACUGGGAUAUAAGAUUAUAGACACCUGUGACAACAUUCACAACGGUCUGCAGGGUGCUCUAAAAUUGGUGAAUGGCAAAGACGAAACAUCAUCUUUAAAUCAUUGCAAUGCAAGUAAUGCUGUCCCUGCAAUUAUUGGAUUAGCUUCAUCUUCACCAACGAGGGCCAUAGCUCAUACAAUAGGACCCUUUGGAAUUCCAGUGGUCAGUUAUUUUGCAACUUGUGCUUAUUUGACAGACAAAAAGGAAUUUCCCACAUUUUUACGGACAGUGCCUAGUGAUUUAUUUCAAGUUAGAGCACUUGUUCAGCUGAUCACCCAUUUUGGAUGGACUUGGGUGGGUGCCAUUGCAACGGACGAUGAUUAUGGCCAUUAUGGUAUUCAGUCUUUUGCAGAUCAAGCUAAAGAAAAAGGAGUUUGUCUUUCAUAUUAUGAAACUAUCCCCAACAUUUACUCUGAAGCAAAGCUCAGGCAGAUUGCAACCACAAUAAAAAAAUCAACAGCAAAGGUGAUCAUAGUCUUUGCCUCAGAAGGGAAAUUCUAUGAAUUGCUAAAAGAAGUUCUAAGGGAAAACAUCACAGACCGACAGUGGAUUGCAAGUGAAGCCUGGGUGACAGCUGCUCUGCUAACAACAGAUGAGUUUUACACAAUUUUAGGAGGAACAAUUGGCUUUGCUUUUCGGGGAGCUCAGAUAUCUGGACUCCUUGAAUUUCUUCAGAGGGUAAAGCCUUCUCCCCACCAAAAGCAUGUGUUGACUAAUAUGUUCUGGGAAGAAAUGUUUAAUUGCAGACUUAAUUUCUCAGGAGAGGAUAUAGCUCACGAAACUACCAAAACACGCAUUUGCACAGGUUCAGAAAACCUACUUGAAACAAAAAGCAUUUUUUUGGAUGUUUCUCAGUUAAGAGUUUCCUAUAAUGUUUAUAAAGCAGUAUAUGCUAUUGCUCAUGGUCUACACAAGCUGCUGGAAUGUGACAAUGAAGACAACUUAGGCCAGAAUAUCUCAUGUAAAUCUGUCUUUCCAUUAAGGCCAUGGCAGGUGCUUAGCCACUUGAAAACUGUUAACUUUACCAAUCGAUUUGGUGAAAAAGUAUAUUUUGACCAAAAUGGAGAACCUGUGCCAUUAUAUGACAUAAUAAACUGGCAAAAAGAUUUCAGUGGAGCAAUAAAGUUGGUAAAAGUUGGCUCAUUUGAUGCCUCUGCUCUCUCGGGUGAAGAAACGGUUAUAAAUGAAGAAAAAAUCAUAUGGAGCAGAGGCCAGUCUCAGGUUCCAUAUUCAAAAUGCAGCCAAAGUUGUCCUCCAGGUACAAGAAAAGCAACACAAAAUGGGAAGCCUACUUGCUGCUUUGACUGUGUGUCCUGUGCUGAUGGAGAAAUCAGCAACCUUACAGAUUCACUUGAAUGUACAAAGUGUGCCCCAGAUUUUUGGUCGGAUGAGAACAGAACAAAAUGUGUUGCAAGAGAUGUGGAAUAUCUCUCUUUCCAGGACACAAUGGGAGUUACUUUAACAGUUGCAGCUAUACUGGGAGCUUUUCUCACCCUAACUGUAAUGGGCAUUUUCUUUUAUUUCCGAAGCACUCCCCUUGUAAAAGCAAACAAUUCAGAACUCAGUUUCCUCUUGCUGGGAUCCCUGGAGCUGUGUUUCUUGUGUUCACUUACAUUCAUUGGUGAGCCGUCUCUGUGGUCCUGUAUGACUCGGCACACAGCAUUCGGGAUCAGCUUUGUUCUAUGUAUUUCAUGCAUUCUGGCAAAAUCUAUUGUGGUACUAGGAGCAUUCAAAUCAACGCUACCAGCAUCCAAUGCAAUGAAGUGGUUUGGACCUUUGCAACAGAGAGCUAUUAUCAUCAUCUGCACUCUGCUUCAGGCAUUUCUGUGUAUCACAUGGUUGACUCUGUCUCCCCCAUUUCCUUUCAGAAACACCAAUAACCAAGGAGGAAAAAUAAUCCUUCAGUGCAAUGCAGGUUCAGUCUUAGCCUUCUAUUUAGUGUUAGGAUAUAUUGGCCUCAUUUCAUGUGUUUGCUUCAUAUUAGCCUUUUUAGGGAGAAAGCUACCAAACAAUUUCAAUGAGGCAAAACUCAUCACAUUUAGCAUGUUAAUAUUUUUUGCUGUCUGGAUAGCUUUUAUUCCAGCCUAUGAAAGCUCUCCAGGAAAAUACACUGUUGCAGUUGAAGUUUUUGCCAUACUAUCAUCUAGUUUUGGACUUCUUUUAUGUAUUUUUAUUCCAAAGUGUUAUAUUAUUCUUCUGCAUCCAGAAAAAAAUACUAAAAAAGGCCUCAUUGGCAAAGCAGUAUCACUUAAAAAGCACUAAUAACCACUGAAGACUGCAGCUUGACUUUUUUUUUUUUUGGCUCAUUGCACAGCUGCUCUUGUGAAAUUUAAAAUAAAGAACAAUAGUGCCAUCUUGUGGUUGAUAGUCAAA